CGGGUGUCCUAGCAGCCCGCCCUUUCCCCACAGCCAUCGAGAGAGGGGAAGAGGAGGCCGCGGGCAGCCAAGCUCGCGGAACUCGGUCAGUGACUGGGUGGCGGAGGACAGAUAAGCCCCGGCGGCAGCGGGUGUUGUCCUUUUCUCCUCACACCGGUGAAGUAAAAACGCUAUAACGAAAAUCCGUUUCGGUAUGGAAGCUGAAGAGACGAUGGGCUGCAUCCAGGAAUUCCCUGACCAUUAUAAAGUUAUGAUGGAUAGGCUAAACGAGCAGCGCGAACUGGAUCAAUUUACCGACAUCACUCUUAUUGUGGACGGGCAUCAGUUUAAAGCGCACAAGGCCGUCCUAGCUGCCUGCAGUCACUUCUUCAACAAAUUCUUUCAGGAUUUCACUCAGGAGCCGUUGGUUGAAAUAGAAGGUGUUAGCAACACAGCCUUCCAGCAUCUCAUAGAAUUCACAUACACCGCAAAACUGAUGAUCCAAGGCGAGGAGGAAGCCAGCGACAUAUGGAAAGCGGCAGAGUAUCUUCAGAUGCAUGAAGCCAUCAAAGCACUUGGGUUCAGGAGCAAAGAAAGCAUAGUCAUUCAGGAAAAAACUGAACCGGUGGAGGAGGAGGAGGAGGAGGAAGAAGAAGAAGAAGAAGAAGAAACUAUAAAAACUUGGAAGAUUACAGACAGUUCAAACAUUAUAACAGAAACCCUGCCCUCGGAUGCUGAGCCUGUUGAAAUAGAAGUGGAAAUAGCAGAAGGUGCAAUUGAAUUAGAUGGCCAUGUUGAGACCAUGGAAGAGGCAGUGUGCCCUGAGCAAUCUGUGAAAUAUGUCCAGACCACGGAGACAUCAGAUGACUCGGCCCUGGCCCUCUUGGCAGACAUAACCAGCAAGUACCGCCAAGGGGAACAGAAAAGGGAACUGGAAGAAGAGGUUACAAGUGAAAGCGAAGCUGCCACCCAACAGGUUGAAGGCUAUGAGUUAAUGGCGGUCCAUUUGUCACGUGCCAAUGACUUGUUCCAUUGUGAUAAGUGUGGUCGUUCGUUUAAACUGUUUCACCAUUUUAAGGAACAUAUAAAAUCCCACAAUGCUGAAACUUACCGGUGCAAAAUAUGCAAUAAAAGAUAUGUGCGCGAGAUUGCCUUGAAACAGCACCUUACCUACUGUCACCUGGAUGAGAACAAUGCCGGCAAAAGACAAAGGCCAUCAAAGAAAAUACACGUGUGUCAGUACUGCGAAAAGCAAUUUGAUCACUUUGGACACUUUAAAGAGCACCUGCGCAAACAUACAGGUGAAAAGCCAUUUGAAUGUACUAACUGCCACGAGCGCUUUGCCAGGAACAGUACUCUGAAAUGUCACUUGUCGGCUUGUCAGUAUGGAGUUGGUGCCAAGAAGGGAAGGAAGAAGUUGUAUGAAUGUCAGGUUUGCAAUAGCGUCUUUAAUAGCUGGGACCAGUUUAAAGACCACCUGGUGCUUCACACAGGGGAUAAGCCGAACCAUUGCACGCUGUGUGAUUUGUGGUUUAUGCAAGGCAGCGAGCUAAGGAAGCAUCUACAAGAGGCGCAUAAUAUUUCCGAACGAAUUGUGACAGAGGUUGUGCUUCCAACUGAAACAGGAGAGGGGGAAUCUUUAGCAUCGAUGACAUUUGUGGAGCAGGUGGAACAAGUCCAUGUGGUGCCUGUAGAUCAAGUUAUACAGGUGCAGGUGGAUCCCCCCCAUUUAACAGUGGGUCAUUUACAUCAGGAUCUGCUUGAAGUCAACCAAGUAAAAGGAACACAUAUACUGGAUCUCCAGGCACAGGUACACAUGGGCCAUAUUGCAGUGGAGCAUCUUCAGAUAGAUCCAGGAACCGAGGUGCAUGUCGAGGAAGUACAUGUUGAGCAUGUAAAUCAGAUACACAUGGAGGAGGUGGAGACAGAACUCCUUGAUGAGUCCAGUAUACAGCACAUGGAGCAAACCAUUGAACAGGAUGGCUCAUGCCAAGCGGAGGAAGUAGAACUUCAUCAAAUUGUGCACACGGAAGGAGACAGUGUACAGAUUAGACAAAUUGAAAUGGCACACAUUGCGUCAACAGAGUAGCACCUUGAACUGCCCGAUGCUAAAAUGAUAAAACAAUCCAAAAAAUGAUUCAACAAUGUUAAGUAUUGUGUAGAGUUUUUUUGCUGCAUUGGCAGAGGACGUGUUGGACCGCGGCCCAGUCCUGUCUGCUAUAUGAUGCCCUAGCACUCUGUACAAAAGACUAUGGAACCCACUUUAUAGGAAGCUAUACAUAAUGCAAAAUAACAUUGCUCUGGAAACCUA